AUGCUUGUAAUUGACUGGCACCAGGUUGCUGAAAAUUCGUCGACAGCCCAUAACCGGUUUCUCCCUUCUUCGGGCUCAUCAGGUAGGCGCAGUCCCCGAGUUUCCAUCAACUUUAUGCUCUACUUGUUGCUGAAAAUUCGUCGACAGCCCAUAACCGGUUUCUCCCUUCUUCGGGCUCAUCAGGUAGGCGCAGUCCCCGAGUUUCCAUCAACUUUAUGCUCUACUUGUAACCAAAUUUCACCAUAUUACCGAAGUACACUCAUUUGCAAACUAAUUUGGCUCCAGGUCAUAAGGUUGACGGAAGCUCGGGAACUGCGCCUACCUGAUGAGCCCCAAGAAGAGCGAAACCGGUCGUGGGCUGUCGACGGAUUUUCAGCAACCUUACGAGUAGUGCGUAACAAAUAUAUAAGUACCGCGAUAUCUCGAAUAUCGUAG